AUCUACAUAUUUGAGAACAAUAUUUACUACCAAUCAGAUGUGAAGAGCAACUCCCUCAGACUGACAUCGUCUGGAAAGGAAGGGGUCAUUUUCAAUGGGAUCGCUGACUGGCUGUACGAGGGUAGGUGGGUCGUUCCACGAAUAGAGUACAUUUUGCGCCCCUUUGAUAUUUGAAGUAGAAAUUGUGCAUUCAGCAUUUUGGCAUGUCCCUCUGUGCACCCUCUGUGACUUCUAAGAAGAUUUUAACCCACUUAACCCCAAAAUGUAUAAACGUUUGUUUCUGAAGAUUAUUAUUUAUUUCUUGUGAAUAGUGAUUCAUUUACGUCGGUCUCAUGUUUUAAGGUCAACCCUGUUAGUGAACUCUCGUUUUAAUACGGUGAAACUAUACUAUUUAUUUUAUUUUAUUUAUACAGUGCCUUCAGAAAGUAUUCACACCACUUGACUUUUUCCACAUUUUGUUGUGUUACAGCCUGAAUUUAAAAUGGAUUACAUUAAGAUUGUGUGUCACUGGCCUACACACAAUGCCCCAAAAUGUCAAAGUGGAAUUAUGUUUUUCAAUUUUUUUACAAAUACAUUAAAAGUGAAAAGCUGAAAUGUCUUGAGUCAAUAUGUAUUCAACCCCUUUGUUAUGGCAAGCCUAAAAAUGUGCUUAACAAGUCACAUAAUAAGUUGCAUGGACUCACUCUGUGUGCAAUAAUAGUGUUUAACAUGAUUUUUGAAUGACUACCUCAUCUCUGUACCCCACACAUACAAUUAUCUGUAAGGUCCCUCAGUCGAGCAGUGAAUUUCAAACACAGAUUCAACCACAAAGACAAGGGAGGUUUUCCAAUGCCUCGUAAAGAAGGGCACCUAUUGGUAGAUGGGUAAAAAAAAAAACGGUCAGUGAAUAUCCCUUUGAGCAUGGUGAAGUUAUUUAUUAUACUUUGGAUUGUGUAUCAAUACACCAGUCACUACAAAGAUACAGGCGUUCUUCCUAACUCAGUUGCUGGAGAGGAAGGACACCGCUCAGAUAUUUCACCAUGAGGUGACUUUAAAACCAGUUACAGAGUUUAAUGGCUGUGAUAGGAGAAAACUGAGGAUGGAUCAACAACAUUGUAGUUACUCCACAAUACUAACCUAAUUGACAAAGUGAAAAGAAGGAAGUACAGAAUAAAAAAUAUUCCUAAACAUGCAUCCUGUUUGCAACAGGGCACUAAAGUAAUACUGCAACAAAUGUGGCAAAGAAAUUAACUUUUUGUCCUGAAUACAAAGUGUUAUGUUUGGGGCAAAUCCAAUACAACACAUUACUGAGUACCACUCUCCAUAUUUUAAAGCAUAGUGGUGGCUGCGUCAUGUUAUGGGUAUGCUUGUAAUCGUUAAAUACUGGGGAGAUUUUCAGGAUAAAAAUGUACGGAAUGGAGCUAAGCACGGGCAAAAUCAUAGAAGAAAACCUGGUUCAGUCUGGUUUCUCCCAGACACUGGGAGAUGAAUUCACCUUUCAGCAGCACAAUAACCUAAAACAUAAGGCCAAAUCUACACUGACGUUGCUUACCAAGAAGACAGUGAAUGUUCCUGAGUGGCCGAGUUACAGUUUUUACUUAAAUAUACUAAAUUUAUGGCAAGCCCUAAAAAUGGUUGUCUAGCAAUGAUCAACAACCAAUUUGACAGCUCUUGAAGAAUUUUGAAAAGAGUAAUGGGAAAAUGUUGCACAAUCAAGUAGUGGAAAGCUCUUAGAGACUUACCCAGAAAGACUCACAGCUGUAAUCGCUGCCAAAGGUGCUUCUACAAAGUAUUUACUCAGGGGUGUGAAUACUUAGUAAAUGUGAUAUUUCUGUAUUUCAUUUUCAAAGAAUUUGCGAAAUUUUCUAAAGGAUGAGUACUCAACAUAUUUCACUUUGUUAUUAUGAGGUAUUGUGUGUAAAUGGAUGAGAUAAAAAAUAUGUAUUUUUAAUACAUUUUGAAUUCAGGUUGUAACACAACAAAAUGUGGAAUAAGUCAAGGGGUAUGCAUACUUUCUGAAGGCACUGUAACAGUAAACUCAUAGUGUAAAAGCAGGUGAGCUGGUUCUACUCUUUUUGGCCAUUUACUGAUGUUUUGUUAUGGAAAACUGAGCACGUUGAGCAUUUUUUGUGAAGCUUGCAUUCAUUUGCCUCUCCCUGUUGCACACAACAAGCUUCCAUUCCCUCUGUCACAAGGGGAUUUAUGGCUAAUUUAAGAUGAAAACUUAACCCUGUUACGGUCAACCCUGUUACUAAAGCCCAGAACCGCAGUUGCUUUUCACAACAGAAGCCACCCCACUGGUUGUGUUGUGAGAGAAAAUAAUAGAGUUUGAAUGAAAAUAGCUGCUGGGCUGGCCUUGGAAAGGUGUGUCUUUGUGCUAAAUCCUGCCCACUUGAACAACCUUCAUUGUGCCUCGCUGUGGGAGUCAGUGGAGUGCGAGGAAGUGGAAAGUCUCUAUCUGCUACUACUGCCACCAGACUCAAACACAGCAGACACAUACAACACACACUGACAAGUGAUAAAGUCACAAAUAAAUGGACUGUUCAGGUCAGUGUGCCUUUAUAAUCAAGUUAGUCUGCUAGCUACUUGCUAUUUAACAAGUGGAUUUAACUUCUGUAGGAAAACAGCCCUAAUGUUGGAAACAAACAUAAUUAUGUCGUCAUCCAGAGUCAUAUUUAUUUAUUUUUCAAGCUAUAGCGCACAAUAUUUUACAUACAGUAGAUUUUUAAAGGACCAAAGAGUUUAGUCUGCUUCGUGUUUUCAUUUUUGCCAUGGAAAAAAUAUUGCGGUACUGGUAUCGUCAUUGCCCUAUUGUCAGUGUGUGUUGGCUGUGUCUGCUGUGUUUGAGUCUGGUGGCAGUAGUAGCAGCUAGAGACGCUUCCUCUCACUCCACUGGCUCCCAGAGGGAGGCACAAUGAAGGUUGUUAGAGUGGGCGGGAUUUAGCGCAAAAACACACCUUUCCUCAAGGCCAUCCCAGCAGCUAUGGCUGUUUUGAUUUAAACUACAUUUUGUUUGUGAAAAGCAACUGCAAAUCCAGGCUUUACUAGCACUUUAUUGGCACUUACUAUAAGUUCAACAUGUGCUCUUUAUGACAGAAUGUUAAAAUAAGGUGACAUUAAUCAAUAAAUAAAUUGUUACACUCCCCAAAAUGUACUCUAUUUGUGGAACGACCCAGAUAUUAGCAAUCACUUAAAUAGACUGUAAGACUGAAGUAAUUUUAGAAAUGUGGCAGGUGUUCACCAAAGUUGCCAUCACUGUCACAAUUCCUAUGGAGAAAAUUUAGAAAUGUUGCAAUAUGAUUAGUAUUAGUAUGGAAUAUUUGUGACAGUUUAUUUAAAAGUGUGGGCAGGAGAUUUUGCUAACACCUACAUGCAACACAGUGGAGGCUGCUGAGGGGCGAACAGCUCAUAAUAAUGGCAUGAACGGCGCAAAUGGAAUGGCAUCAAACACCUGGAAACCAUGAGUUUGAUGUAUUUGAUACCAUUCCACUGAUUCCACUCCAGUCAUUACCACGACCCCGUUCUCCCCAAUUUAAGUCCCACCAACCUCCUGUGAUGAAAUACAACAUCUAACAUUUGAAAACUCUGGUAUCAUAAAAGCACAUAGUAUUAAUAUGGAAUUUUUGUGACUGUUUAUUUAGAAGUGUGGGUGGAAAGGCUUGCUUACACCUACUCAUGUAACACAACGUCAAACAUUUGCGAACACUAGUUUCAUGGAAACAUUAUUAUCAUGAUACCUUGUGUAAUGUUCUCCAUAGCUACAGUAUUGCCAAUAUAAGUUAAUGUAUACUGAAAAAUAUAUAAAUGCAACAUGGAACAAUUUCAAAGAUUUUACUGAGUUACAGUUCAUAGAAGGAAAUAAAUCAAUUGAAAUAAAUAAAUUAGGCCCUAAAUUAUGGAUUUCACAUGACUGGGCAGGGGCCCACCCACUUGGGAGCCAGGCCCAGCCAAUCAGAAUUAGUUUUUCCCCACCAAUGGGCUUUAUUACAGACAGAAAUACUCCUCAGUUUCAUCAGCUGUCCGGGUGGCUGGUCUCAGACGAUCCCGCAGGUGAAGAAGCCGGAUGUGGAGGUCCUGGGCUGGCGUGGUUACACGUGGUCUGCGGUUGUGAGGCCGGUUGGAUGUACUGCCAAAUUCUCUAAAACGACGUUGGAGGCGGCUUAUGGUAGAGGAACAUUCAAUUCUCUGACAACAGCUCUGGUGGAAAUUCCUGUAGUCAGCAUGCCAAUUGCACAUUCCCUCAAAACUUGAGACAUCUGUGGCAUUGUGUUGUGGGAUAAAACUGCACAUUUUAGAGUGGCCUUUUAUUGUCCCCAGCACAAGAUACACCUGUGUAAUGAUCAUGCUGUUUAAUCAGCUUCUUGAUAUGCCACACCUGUCAGGUGGAUGGAUUAUCUUGGCAAAGGAGAAAUGCACACUAACUGGGAUGGAAACAAAUUUGUGCACAUAAUUUGAGAGAAAUAAGCUUUUUGUGCGUAUGGAAAAUGUCCGGGAUCUUUUAUUUCAGCUUAUGAAACAUGGGAUCAACACUUUACAUGUUGCAUUAACAUUUCUGUUCAGUAUACAUGAUUUUCAUGGUAAUAUGACAGUCUCUAUGACAACCUGUCAUUCCUUAGUUUGUCUACUUUGAACUUUGUGACAAUGUGAAAUAACAUGUUAAUGUCUCUCCCGCUUUCUCUCGGUCUCUCUCUCUCUCUCUCUCUUCUCUCUCUCCUCUCUCUCUCUCUCUCUCUCUCUCUCCUCUCUCUCCUCUCUCUCUCCUCUCUCUCUCUCUCUCUCUCUCUCUCCUCUCUCUCUCUCUCUCUCCUCUCUCUCUCUCUCUCUCUCUCUCUCUCAAUUCAAUUUCAAUUCAAUUUAAGGGCUUUAUUGGCAUGGGAAACGUGUGUUAACAUUGCCAAAGCAAGUGAAGUAGAUAGUAAACAAAAGUGAAAUAAACAAUAAAUAUUAACAGUAAACAUUACACUCAGAAGUUUAAAAAGAAUAAAGACAUUUCAAAUGUCAUAUUAUGUAUAUAUACAGUGUUGUAACAAUGUGCAAAUAGUUAAAGUACAAAUGGGAAAAUAAAUAAACAUAAAUAUGGGUUGUAUUUACAAUGGUGUUUGUUCUUCACUGGUUGCCCUUUUCUUGUGGCAACAGGUCACAAAUCUUGCAGCUGUGAUGGCACACUGUGGUUUUUCACCCAGUAGAUAAGGGAGUUUAUCAAAAUUGGGUUUGUUUUCGAAUUCUUUGUGGAUCGCUGUAAUCUGAGGGAAAUAUGUGUCUCUAAUAUGGUCAUACAUUUGGCAGGAGGUUAGGAAGUGCAGCUCAGUUUCCACCUCAUUUUGUGGGCAGUGUGCACAUAGCCUGUCUUCUCUUGAGAGCCAGGUCUGCCUACGGCGGCCUUUCUCAAUAGCAAGGCUAUGCUCACUGAGUCUGUACAUAGUCAAAGCUUUCCUUAAGUUUGGGUCAGUCACAGUGGUCAAGUAUUCUGCCACUGUGUACUCUCUGUUUAGGGCCAAAUAGCAUUCUAGUUUGCUCUGUUUUUUUGUUUGUUCUUUCCAAUGUGUCAAGUAAUUCUCUUUUUGUUUUCUCAUGAUUUGGUUGGGUCUAGUUGUGUUGUUGUUGUUGUUGUUGUUGUCCUGGGGCUGUGUGGGGUCUGUUUGUGUUUGUGAACAGAGCCCCAGGACAAGCUUACUUAGGGGACUCUUCUCCAAGUUCAUCUCUCUGUAGGUGAUGGCUUUGUUAUGGAAGGUUUGGGAAUCGCUUCCUUUUAAGUGGUUAUAGAAUUUAACGGCUCUUUUCUGGAUUUUGAUAAUUAGCGGGUAUUGGCCUAAUUCUGCUCUGCAUGCAUUAUUUGGUGUUUUACGUUGUACACGGAGGAUGUUUUUGCAGAAUUCUGCAUGCAGAGUCUCAAUUUGGUGUUUGUCCCUCUCUCUGUGCGAGCAUCUAUUUUGAGAUGCAAAUGACUCCUAAUCAGACCUAAUUAACAUCUCAAUUGUCUGACAUUACAUUGCCACAGACCGUUAAGUACUGUUAACUGCACUCGAACAUCAUGCUUGAGUUGUCGUAAUACUUUAGUGCUCUCUAUAUUUUUUACGCACACUAUCAGCAUAUGGCCUUCUCAUAUGGAACAGUACAGAUGGAAACUUCAGGAAAAAUUAUAAUAUCAACUAUUAUCUCAAGGUGUUUUCACCCUACAUUUCCAUAUGCAGCAUUUACCGUGAAUGAGGGAACGUUGCCUUUACAUUUAAACUGUGCUAUAAUGUGGAUCUUACGCAAUACUUCUGUGAUACGGAUUUAGUCCAGCCCUAACACUACCAUAUGGCCAUUUUGUUGGAGAAUACAGUGCCUUCUAAAAGUAUUCACACCCCUUGACUUUGUCUGCAUUUUGUUCUGUUACAGCCUGAAUUUAAAAUGGAUUAAACUGAGAUUUUGUUACACACAAUGCCCCAUAAUGUCAAAGUGGAAUUAUGUUUUUCAGAAUGUUCACUAAUUAAUUAAAAGUGAAAAGCUGAAAUGUCUUGAGUCAGUAAGUAUUCAACCCCUUUGUUAUGGCAAGCCUAAAUAAGUUCACUAGCAAAAAUGUGCUUAACAAGUCACAUAAUAAAUUGCAUGAACUCUGUGUGCAAUAAUAGUGCUUAACAUGAUUUUUGAAUGACUACCUCAUCUCUGUACCGCACACAUACAAUUAUCUGUAAGGUCCCUCAGUCGAGCAGUGAAUUUCAAACACAGAUUCAACCACAAAGACCAGGGAGGUUUUCCAAUUCCUUGCAAAGAAGGGCACCUACAGUGGGGGAAAAAAGUAUUUAGUCAGCCACCAAUUGUGCAAGUUCUCCCACUUAAAAAGAUGAGAGAGGCCUGUAAUUUUCAUCAUAGGUACACGUCAACUAUGACAGACAAAUUGAGAGAAAAAAAUCCAGAAAAUCACAUUGUAGGAUUUUUUAUGAAUUUAUUUGCAAAUUAUGGUGGAAAAUAAGUAUUUGGUCACCUACAAACAAGCAAGAUUUCUGGCUCUCACAGACCUGUAACUUCUUAUUUAAGAGGCUCCUCUGUCCUCCACUCAUUACCUGUAUUAAUGGCACCUGUUGAACUUGUUAUCAGUAUAAAAGACACCUGUCCACAACCUCAAACAGUCACACUCCAAACUCCACUAUGGCCAAGACCAAAGAGCUGUCAAAGGACACCAGAAACAAAAUUGUAGACCUGCACCAGGCUGGGAAGACUGAAUCUGCAAUAGGUAAGCAGCUUGGUUUGAAGAAAUCAAAUGUGGGAGCAAUUAUUAGGAAAUGGAAGACAUACAAGACCACUGAUAAUCUCCCUCGAUCUGGGGCUCCACGCAAGAUCUCACCCCGUGGGGUCAAAAUGGUCACAAUAACGGUGAGCAAAAAUCCCAGAACCACAUGGGGGGACCUAGUGAAUGACCUAAAGAGAGCUGGGACCAAAGUAACAAAGCCUACCAUCAGUAACACACUACGCCGCCAGGGACUCAAAUCCUGCAGUGCGAGACGUGUCCCCCUGCUUAAGCCAGUACAUGUCCAGGCCCGUCUGAAGUUUGCUAGAGUGCAUUUGGAUGAUCCAGAAGAGGAUUGGGAGAAUGUCAUAUGGUCAGAUGAAACCAAAAUAGAACUUUCUGGUAAAAACUCAACUCGUCGUGUUUGGAGGACAAAUAAUGCUGAGUUGCAUCCAAAGAACACCAUACCUACUGUGAAGCAUGGGGGUGGAAACUUCAUGCUUUGGGGCUGUUUUUCUGCAAAGGGACCAGGACGACUGAUCCGUGUAAAGGAAAGAAUGAAUGGGGCCAUGUAUCGUGAGAUUUUGAGUGAAAACCUCCUUCCAUCAGCAAGGGCAUUGAAGAUGAAACGUGGCUGGGUCUUUCAGCAUGACAAUGAUCCCAAACACACCGCCCGGGCAACGAAGGAGUGGCUUCGUAAGAAGCAUUUCAAGGUCCUGGAGUGGCCUAGCCAGUCUCCAGAUCUCAACCCCAUAGAACAUCUUUGGAGGGAGUUGAAAGUCUGUGUUGACCAGCGACAGCCCCAAAACAUCACUGCUCUAGAGGAGAUCUGCAUGGAGGAAUGGGCCAAAAUUCCAGCAACAGUGUGUGAAAACCUUGUGAAGACUUACAGAAAACGUUUGACCUGUGUCAUUGCCAACAAAGGGUAUAUAACAAAGUAUUGAGAAACUUUUGUUAUUGACCAAAUACUUAUUUUCCACCAUAAUUUGCAAAUAAAUUCAUUAAAAGUCCUACAAUGUGAUUUUCUGGAUUUUUUUUUCUCAUUUUGUCUGUCAUAGUUGACGUGUACCUAUGAUGAAAAUUACAGGCCUCUCUCAUCUUUUUAAGUGGGAGAACUUGCACAAUUGGUGGCUGACUAAAUACUUUUUUCCCCCACUGUAUUGGUAGAUGGGUAAAAAAAAGAAAGCAGACAUUGACUAUCCUUUUGAGCAUGGUGAAGAUAUGAAUUAACCUUUGGAUUGUGUGGAAGGAAACCACUCAGGGAUUUCACCUUAAGGCCAAUGGUGACUUCAAAACAGUUGCAGAGUUUAAUGGCUGUGAUAGGAGAAAACUGAGGCUGGAUCAACAACAUUGUAGUUACUCCAUAAUACUAACCUACCAGACGAGCUAAAUGCCUAUUAUGAUCGCUUCGAGCACCAGCUGUUCUGGACGACUGUGUGAUCACGCUCUCCGUAGCUGAUGUGAGCAAGACCUUUAAACAGGUCAACAUUCACAAGGCCAUGGGGCCAGACGGAUUACCAAGACGUGUACUCAGAGCAUGCACGGACUAACUGGCAAGUGUCUUCACUGACAUUUUCAACCUCUCCCUGACCGAGUCUGUAAUACCUACAUGUUUCAAGCAGACCACCAUAGUCACUGUGCCCAAGAAAGCGAAGGUAACCUGCCUAAAUGACUACCACCCCGUAGCACUCACGUCGAUAGCCAUGAACUGCUUUGAAAUGCUUGUCAUGGCUCACAUCAACACCAUCAUCCCGGAAACCCUGGACCCACUCCAAUUCGCAUACCGCCCAAACAGAUCCACAGAUGACGCAAUCUCAAUCGCACUACACACUGCCCUUUCCCACCUGGACAAAAUGAACACCUAUGUGAGAAUGCUGUUCAUUGACUACUGCUCAGCGUUCAACACCAUAGUGCCCACAAAGCUCAUCACUAAGCUAAGGACCCUGGGACUAAACACCUCCCUCUGCAACUGGAUCCUGGACUUCCUGACGGGCCACCCCCAGGUGGUAAGGGUAGGCAACAACACAUCUGCCAUGCUGAUCCUCAACACGGGGGCCCCUCAGGGGUGUGUGCUUAGUCCCCUCCUGUACUCCCUGUUCACCCACGACUGCGUGGCCAAGCACGAUUCCAAUACCAUCAUUACAUUUGCUGACGACACAACAGUGGUAGGCCUGAUCACCGACAACGAUAGGGAGGAGGUCAUAGACCUGGCAGUGGGGUGCCAGGACAACAACCUCUCCCUCAACAUAAGCAAGACAAAGGAGCUGAACGUGGACUAGAGUAAAAGGAGGGCCGAACAAGCCCCCAUUCACAUCAACGGGACUGUAGUGGAGUGGGUUGAGAGUUUCAAGUUCCUUGGUGUCUAUAUCACCAACAAACUAUCAUGGUCCAAACACACCAAGAAAGUUGUGAAGAGGGCACGACAAUGCCUUUUCCCCCUCAGGAGAUUGAAAAGAUUUGGCAUGAGUCCCCAGAUCCUCAUAAAGUUCUACAGCUGCAUCAUCGAGAGCAUCUUGACUGGUUGCAUCACCACCUGGUAUGGCAACUGCUCGGCAUCCGACCGUAAGGCGCUACAGAGGGUAGUGCAUACGGCCCAAUACAUCACUGGGGCCAAGCUUCCUGCCAUCCAGGACCUAUAUACUAGGCACAGAGGAAGGCCCCAAAAAUUGUCAAAGACUCCAGUCACCCAAGUCAUAAAACUGUUUUCUCUGGUACCGGAGUGCCAAGUCUAGGUCCAAAAGGCUCCUUAACGGCUUCUACCCCCAAGCCAUAAGACUGCUGAACAAUUAAUGAAAUGGCCACCCAGACUAUUUACAUUGAAAAUAAUUUUGGCCAAAUGUUGCACAAUCCAGGUGUGGAAAACUCUUAGAGACUUACCCUGAAAGACUCACAGCUGUAAUCGCUGCCAAAUGUGCUUCUACAAAGUAUUUUACAUUUUAGCAGACACUCUUAUCCAGAGUGACUUACAUGAGCAAUUAGGGUUAAGUGCCUUGCUCAAGGGCACAUCGACAGAUUUUUCACCUAGUCGGCUCGGGGAUUAGAACAAGCGACCAUUCGGUUACUGGCACAAUGCUCUUAACCACUAAGCUACCUGCCGACUCAGGGGUGUGAAUAAUUAUGUAAAUGAGAUAUUUCUGUAUAAAAAAAUAAAUGAAAUGCAAACAUUUCUAAAAACAUGUUUUUACUUUGUCAUUAUUGUGUGUGUGUGUGUGUAGAUGGGUGAGAAAAACAUAAUAUUUAAUAAAUUUUGAAUUCAGGCUGUAACACAAUUUAUUUUGGAAUAAGUCAAGGUGUAUGAAUACUUUCUGAAGGUACUGUAUAUCAUUUUCUAGAGAUCUGCAAUGUAUUUCCUAUGUAUUCCUUGUGCCUCUUUAUAGAGGAGAUUCUCCAGUCCCAUAUAGCACACUGGUGGUCACCGGAUGGAGAGAGGUUGGCCUUCCUGGUCCUCAAUGACACUCUGGUGCCCAAUAUGGCCCUUCCUCGCUUCACUGGCGCUUCAUACCCCAAAGGAAAGCAAUACCCCUACCCUAAGGUAAGCAAUAGCCUUAACCUGAGAUGAUGUACAGUACAUUGUCUGCUGCCACCCACCUAUCUAGCUUCGAUUGGUGGAAUGAAACAAAUUGGCCUAACUCUGACUAAUCUGAGAUUACAGUGAGAUUAAUUAUAUCUCUUGUCAUUCAAUCAAAACCACAAACUGGGUUUCGGGAGUAAGACAAAUCAACAUUCCUCUUGAGCUUUUAGAAAUAAAUCACACUUAAAUGUACUUGAGUUAUUUACAGUUUAAAACAACAAAACCCAUUAGCGUAUCACUAUAAUUUUAAACUUCGAUCAAGCAGCGAUGAAACAAUGUUCUUUCGCCUAACCCCUGGAACUCAUGGUCACCAUCCUGAUUGAAUAAGACCCACAGCAUGUCUGUACUUCAAGGUACAGGAAGAUCCAUCCAAACAGUGUCCCUUUCCUGCAGCAAUUAAGACUAAAACUCCCCACCAGAUGUCUGUUGUUCCCCCAGUCCUGUGUGUGUCCCAAUUUAUACCCUUUUCCCUAUAUAGUGCACUACUUUUGACCAGGGGCCUAUGGGUACCAGUAAUGCAAUAUAAAAGGAAUAGGGUACCGUUUGGGACGCAAACCCUGUGUCCUCUGUUUCUAUAGUGAUAUUUAGAAAACUGAGGAUACAUAAGCGAUCCCUCUUCCUGCUUUAGGUCAGCCUCUCGCAACACAGCACUGUGGGCCAGUGUGAGGCCAAUCCGGCCAUGUGUUCUUGGCCCAAGGUUAAACUAGAAGUGGCAGAAUCCAUACCAAGGGUGAGAACCAGUAGAGCUUGGCAUAUGGCAUUUAGGCUUGAGUGCCAACAGUGAAUGUGACACUGAAUGUAGAAAAAGCACUGCUACACUAUUAGGGAGGAUUAGCAUUAGAAAAGGUCAAUACGAUACUGUGCUAUAGCAGUGCCUAUAAGAGGACUAUUCAGUCUCUAUGGGGGCUUAGACAGGCUUUGGUUCAUAUCUUCAUGCAUUGUUCAAGGCCAACCUUUGUGAUUCUUAUUCGUAUUUAAACAUGGUUAGGCUAAAUACAGUGCUGCGUGUAAAUUAGGUGAUAACUUUAGUCAUGCUGUUUUUCUCAUUUUGUUUCAUAACCAUGAACAUUUGUAUCACCAUUAGAUAAAAAUAGGUCAUGUUAUGCGUUGUAAUGUGUAAAGACAUAUCUAUUAUUCAUUGUUAGGACAUGUGUUCAAUGAUUCUAAUGUGUUAUUAUUAUUUUUCAUUGUUAGGGCAUGUGUUCAAUGAUUCUAAUGUGUUAUUAUUAUUAUUAUUCAUUGUUAGGGCAUGUGUUCAAUGAUUCUAAUGCAUUAUUAUUAUUAUUCAUUGUUAGGGCAUGUGUUCAAAUAUUCUAAUGUGUUAUUAUUAUUAUUCAUUGUUAGGGCAUGUGUUCAAUGAUUCUAAUGUGUUAUUAUUAUCAUCCAUUGUUUGGGGAUGUUUUGAAGUUGUUUGUUUAUGUUGGUAGCUACAUAUACAGUAUAAUAUUGCUCUACAUAACUACAAUGUAAUUAUUCAAUUAUUUGUUUAGUUGAUAUAGUGAUUGGUUUCGUGUGGUGUUUUUAAUCUGUGAUUCAUAAUGUGUAAUGGUGCUACAAUAUCUAAAAGACUGACUCUGUUUUCAGGCUGGCCAACCCAACCCCACAGUGAAGUUAUACGUGGUGAAUCUGUACGGGCCGACACACACACAGGAGCUCACACCACCAGACAGCCUCAAACUAAGGUGUGAUUUACUGCCUGGAAUAAUUCAAACAAAUCUUGGGAAGUUCACUAUUUGGAGAGACAAGGUCAUGGUACAUGUUGAAGAUAAUAACAACUUCUGUCCGUUCUCUCUCGUAGGGAGCACUAUGUGGCCAUGGUCAAUUGGAUCAGUAAAACCAAGACGACGGUCAGGUGGAUGAACCGUGCCCAGAAUGUGUCCAUCCUGACCGUGUGUGAGACCACCACGGGGGCCUGUGUUAAGGUGAGAGGCAUGCUGGGUAGGGGGUGGGGGGCUUGGUAAUGUUGAGACUAGGUCACACUCCCCCUGGGGGGGUCAUUCAGUUAUUGAGUCAGUGGGAGGACAGAGCAGACAAUGCAUUGACUUUAUUACUGCUACAGUAUGCUACCAAAGGGAAAGAGAUUGUUGACUCGAAUGCCUCAUCUGACAGUACUUUAUCAGCUGUUCUGCUGUUUUUGUGUGCUUUUUACUAUGCAUGCUGAAGGGCACUUGUGGAGGGGUGUACAGUAUGUUAAUGCACUUUUUCUUAUUCUGUUUAUCCACCACUUUGAAUACAAAUAUUAUCUUGUGGCAUUUAUCAGAUAAACACACACUAUAAGUCAUAUUAAUUAUUAUAUUACUUUCAACUGGGAAGCCUUUAUUGAAUGAUCAUCUCAGCAAACUGUUUUCAUUAAGUAAAUAUUUAUUCUUCCCACUAUUUGUUUUGAUGGCAAUGAUUGCACAGUGUUAUUAUAAGCUGUGUCUGGAAAAGUGCAGAGCUGUGGUCCCCGUGUGGGGAAACAUGGGAGUCUAUGGGACACGGUCCAGUUCGACUGUCCCAAGGUCAGGCCCCACAGACAGCUGGACCAUAAACAAACAGACGCUUCAGCCAAGGAGCGGCUACGCCUGGGUGCAGACUCAAUUUGUCUGCCAAGGCUUUUGUCCUUAAAUUAAAGAGCACAGAUUCCGGAUUUCCCCAUUGGCAUUUUAACCCUAAAAGCACAAACAGGGGGUCAAAAAAAUGUCUAAACCUUUUUUUUAUACUCGGUCAAGCAAGUUGUUACUUGUAACAAAAAACCCUACAUUUAUCUGGAUUUUUGUGUUAAUAUGGAGUAAUGAAACAUAAUCCGUCUUUUGUAUUCUAGCGAUGCACGCUAGAAUGAAAAUUGGCUGAAAAUGCGGAAUCAAUACUAAACUUUGUGAAAAAAGCACCAAAUGUAAAAAAUGUUAAUACAUAUUUAGCUUUCGGUCUAUUUCUCUAGAACAAGUUGAGAGUCUCAUCUUUCAGAUGCAAUUGGAACUGAGUUGAUUGCCCAUAGCGUUCCAAAGUUAGAGCUAAACGUCUGAUGGCACCAUGUUGUUUAAAUCGAACAUAUCGGUGGACAUUUUAGGUCCUACCGGUAUCUCAGAUUAGCUCAAUUGCCAAUUUAUCAGCCUCUGAGCAUCACAGAAACACAACACGUUGAAUAAAUAACAGACAAAUGUUCAUAACAAGUGGCUGUGGAUGAAAUUGAUCAAAAUAUCUGUUAAACAUAACAUUUGACUAUAAAUGUAUGACAAUUUUUUUAUGUAUUCUUAUUUUGGGGAAUUUAAACUAUUUACUUAUGUUAAAAAUUGUUAAUAAAAUAUUAAGCGUUAGAGUUUGACAGAAAGAGGGGGGGGGGGGGGGAUACCCCUUUUGGUACUUUUAGGGGUUGAAAUAUGUUGGUGCUUUUAGAGUUAAAGUAUUGGGGAAGAAAGUGAAUUGAGUGAUUUUGAAGGACUUUGGGCUGUCUUUUUGGGAUGCUUAAUUCCAACCAGGCUCCACAGCUAUUCAGGUUUUCUGAAGUAGGUUGGGAUGUAAUAUGGGACAUAUUAUAAAUCGGGACAUAAUAUUAACUGUUAACAUUUUGGCCUUUCUAUUUCAGAGGCAUGAGGAGGCCUCAGAGCUCUGGCUUUCAAAACAGGUAAAAAAUCUUUACUUCUGUAAAGUCAGUCAUGGUCAAACCUAUCAAAUCAAAGUUCCAUUCAAUCUUAUUCAAUAGAUCUUUAUUGUGCACUCAUAGUAGUGAAUGGCAUAAAUUGCCAUUACACUUGUACCGAUGUAGGAUCUUAAUUUGAUGACUCUUUUGUUGCUGAGAAUUUUCCUGCACAGCAGGAACUGCAAACUUUUAGUGCAUUUGAGUUUAAAAAAUGCUUCUAAAGUUUGUAAUUUCACUUAGAAAUGUCAGACUUGAUUUGCCCUAACGGAAAAUGUAUCAAUCCCUACAGAAAAUACCAUGAAUUAUAAUCCACAUAAUAAUUCAUAUUUCCUUUUGCUGCAGGAUUAUUUUCCUGCUGUAGCAAACUGGCUUAAAUUAUGAUCCUACAUCUGUAUAUUACUAGUGUAUUUUACACAAUCUGUGAUCAUGUAAUGACGUCAUAACACUAGAAAAAAAAAUGUGUUGCUGUGUUUGUUUCGGCAGAACCAGGAACCAGUGUUCUCCAGGGACGGCAGCAUAUUCUUCCUGACGGUGCCCGUCAAGCAAGGCGGGCGUGGAGAGUUCCAUCACAUCGCCAUGUUCACCACACAGGUAUUAGGGUCAUGUCGCCAUGGUUACAUCACUGAUGAGGGUCACUCAUGUCACCAUGGUUACCUCUCAAAGUGUUCUGUUACCAUAGUUUCCACCGGGGUGAGGGUAAUAUUUCCAUGGUUACAUCACAAGUGAGGGUUAUUACUGUGUGCCCAUAGUGGUUAGCAUCAUCUCUCAAUGGCCACUGUACUUUUUUGCAAAUGUAUUAUGUGAUGACUCAAUGAAAGUGGCUUCAACGACAUCAAAUUGCAAACCUUGCUAGUGACCAUAGCUACAGUACUGAGGACGACUUCCAGACAAACAAUGAUUAUGAUGAUGAUGAUCUUGAUGAGGAUGAUGUGAUGACUGAAAACACGAAGGCUUUUUUAAAAUAGAUAUUGUAGAUCACUCUCAUAAUAGCUUAUUUUCUGUUUCUUGUCUCCUUCCUUCCUCCAGUUCAGAGCAGAUCAAAAUGAGGUCCGCCAUCUAACAUCAGGGAACUGGGAAGUAACUAAGAUCCUGGCCUAUGAUGAGAGCAACGACAACAUGUGAGUGUCUCUUCUGAACUGUGCAUAAUAAAUCAAUAAUGAGGAUUCAGGUAUUUAGCAUAUACAGUGAGGUACAAAAGUAUUUGGACAGUGACACUUUUUUUUGCUUUGGCUCUGUACUCCAGCACUUUGGAUUUGAAAUAAUGCAAUGACUAUGAUUAAAGUGCGGACUGUCAGCUUAAAUUUGAGGCUAUUUUCAUCCAUAUUGGGUGAACUGUUUAGAAAUUACAGCACUCUUUGUACAUAGUCCCCCCAUUUAAUGGAAUCAAAAGUACUUAUGUGUAUUAAAGUAGUCAAAAGUUUAAUAUUUUUGUCCCCAUAUUCCUAACACGCAAUGACUACAUCAAGCUUGUGACUCUACAAACUUGUUGCAGUUUGUUUUGGUUAUUUUUCAGAUUAUUUUGUGCCCAAUAGAAAUUAAUGGUAAAUAAUGUAUUGUGUCAUUUUGAAGUCACUUUACUUGUAAAUAAGAACAGAAUAUGUUUCUGAAUCAGUGGAGGCUCCUCAGAGGAGGAAGGGAAGGACCAUCCUCCUCAGUGAAUUUCAUUUUUUUUUAAUGGUAAAACAUUGAAAAAGUUAUCAUUUUUAGAUAAAACUAUACUAAAUAUAUUCACGUCACCAACACUGUUUAGCAAUUAAGGUCUACAGUAGCCUCAACAGCACUCUGUAGGGUAACACCAUGGUGUACCCGGAGGACAACUAGCUUCCAUCCUCCUCUUGGUACAUUGAUUUCAAUACAAAACCUAGGAGGUUCUUGGUUUUCACCCCCUUCCAUAGACUUACACAGUAAUUAUGACAACUUCUGGAGGACGUCCUCCAACCUAUCAGGGCUCUUGCAGCAUGAACUGACAUGUUGUCCACCCAAUCAAAGGAUCAGAAAUUAAUCUAGUACUGAACGCAUAAACUACAGCUAGCUAGCACUGCAGUGCAUAAAAUGUGGUGAGUAGUUGACUCAAAGAGAGAGAAAGACAAUAGUUUAACAAUUUUCAACAAAUUAAUUUCUUCAGAAAUGAAGGAGAAGCAAGAGAGAGAGAGAGAGAGAGAGAGAGUGUGUCAUUUUUUUCACUUUAAGUUUCUCUUACUUAGCUAGCAAAUGCAGCUGGCUAGUUUAGUUUCUCAAACACCUGGCUCAAACAGAGGGAUGCUAUGUUAGCUAGCUGGCUGUGACUAAUCAACACAACACUGGAACUCUUCCAAGUCAAGGUAAGCUUUUGGUUUAACUAAUUUAUUGCCACCGGUGCCCGCCGUUGUAACUGCUUACUGACUAUACACUGUAACGUUACUGCAUGAUUGUAGCGUGUUUACUGACGCAUUAGUUCUAUUAGCUAUGUUGACUAUGACGUUACUUUAGCUACUAUAGGGACAACGAUAUAGGCUGUGUGUAGCGGUUAUGACAUGGUUUGGCUUGGAAAGGUUUCUUCGCCUGGUCACAUACAGCUGAUGUGUUGUUCAUUGAGGUCCACAAACUAAGGGAAAAGGUGACGGGAGGAGAGUGCAUAGAGGCGAGAAGGAAUACAACGUGGCUGCUAUGAAAGUGAACUGUGUUUAUGCGUGAUCAGGGGUGUUUUCAUUACGCUGAUUCUGUUGAAAAACGUUUCUUGAACGGAAGCAAACAAAACGGGGAUAAAAAUACCUGAAUUUGUCCAAUAGAAACUCUCGUUUGCAACUGUUGGACUAAUGAUUACACCCUAGAUAAGCUAGAUGCAGACAAGAGUGUGCAAGGCGGUAUUGAAUGUGUCACUGUCUGUCCAUGUGUCACUGUCUGUCAUCUCACAUUUUUCUCGACCUGUGUGCGUUGUAAACUUUCAUUCAUAGGCUAGGUUAUAGCAACGUCAUGAUGGGUAUAGAGAAAAUUAGAGUAUCAUGUAGUAGCCUAAACAUAUAGAUGUUACAUUGAACUGGGUUAAUGGAAUAUGAAUGACAGUCAUCCAACAUGCUGUAAUAGAAGUAAGGCCAUGCUCAUAAAAAAAUAUGUGUCCUCCCUCAUCAUAAACGGCACUGAUCGCCACUGUUCUGAAUAAUUCUACAUUAAUGUGGAUGCUACCAUGAUUACGGAUAAUCCUGAAUGAAACGUGAAUAAUAAUGAGUGAGAAAGGUACAGCGGCACAAAGAUCAUACCCCCAAGACAUGCUAACCUCUCACCAUUACCAAUAACAAGGGAGGUUAGCAUUUUGGGGGGGUAUGAUAUUUAUGCCUCUAACUUUUUACAUCAUCAUGAUGACGUGGCCGGUGACACUUUGCUUCUUGAAAGUCCAAUAUCUUGACAACUUGACUGCUGACAUGCAAAACAUUUUGGGACUGUAUCAUCAGUGGACUAAUGAAAACAAUACCAAAAUAUGUUCCCUUUAACCUCAUAGUCAUUGUAUAUUUUUCAAAUCCAAAGUGGUGGAGUACAGAGACAAAACAACAAAACAUUUGUUGGUAACACAUGUUUUGGAUAGUCCAUCUGUAGAUGCUCUACUGACUAUCUACAGACUAUCAGUAACAUUUCAACUAACUAUCUACUAACCCUAACCUUAGUCCUAACCUUAACCCUUAUCCUAACCCCUAAACUUAACCCUUACCCUAACCCUUAUUCUAAACCUAACCCUAACCGUGAAUCUGGCAAGCAGUUUCUUAUCAACAGAUAAUUUUUUGAUAGUAUGAUCAUCUGUAGAGCAUCUACUGAUGGACUAUCCGAACUAUCCAAAUAAAGUGUGACCAAUGUGUCACUGUCUAAAUACUUUUGGACCUCACUGUGUAUUAGUCUUAUAUGGAUAGGUGACAGACAGUUGGGCAUCUGGAGCUAUGUAGAUAUGAGUCCCAUAUGCAAUAAUGCCUGCAUUGACUAUAAAAUGACAUUCAUCAUAAUUCAUCACAUUUCUCAUCAGUUCUUGACACAAAGGUAUCUCGUACAUAUGCAGAAGCUAGUCUGGUUGACAGAUCACAUUAUAUGCAUGUAUGGACUGAUGAAUGAAUGCUGUAGAGGAGUUGAUGACAGCAGAAACAUACAAAAAAAAUUGUUAUCACAGUGAACUUGAUUGUACACUCCACUGGCUUCCAGUUGAAGCCCACAUCUGCUACAAGACCAUGGUGCUUGCCUACGGAGCUGUGAGGGGAACGGCACCUCCGUACCUUCAGGCUCUGAUCAGUCCCUACACCCAAACGAGGGCAUUGCGUUCAUCCACCUCUGGCCUGCUGGCCCCCCUACCUCUGCGGAAGCACAGUUCCCGCUCAGCCCAGUCAAAACUGUUCGCUGCUCUGGCACCCCAAUGGUGGAACAAGCUCCCUCACGACGCCAGGACAGCGGAGUCACUCACCACCUUCCGGAGACACUUGAAACCCCACCUCUUUAAGGAAUACCUGGGAUAGGAUAAAAGUAAUCCUUCUACCCUCCCCCUACCCCCCCCCCCCCCCCCCCCCCCCCCCCCCCCCCAAAAAAAAAUGUUUUAUAUAUAUAUUUGAUAUAUUGUAAAGUGGUUGUCCCACUGGCUAUCAUAAGGUGAAUGCAGCAAUUUGUAAGUCGCUCUGGAUAAGAGCGUCUGCUAAAUGACUAAAAUGUAAAUGUAAAUGUAUGUUAUGAGGGGCUUUGUGUCAUUACUCUUGUAAGAGUUGUGGUGUCAGGUACAUUCCAAAUCAAAUUCUCAGACCAAUGUAACUGCAAAUCACAGACCGCACACCAUAGUGCAUGGUGGGAAAAGGAGGCUUAAGAAUUGACAUUGCAUCUUGCAUCAUAAAACAUAGAACCUUGAGCGUGAAACUGUGAAGUACCUGUAUUAGCAUGUUAUUGUAGCUUGAUAGGCAGAUUUUUCUCUUCUCAACUUGACACUAAUAAACCUCAUGCAUAUUGCCUCAAGACUGAAUGUCAUUUGCAUUAAUUUGCAUAUGAAGUAUACAGACAAAUGCUGCUUAUUUGAAAGUAUCAGGUUUAUUUCUCAUCUAAAUAUGACAUGUUGCAGGCACAAAGCUCAGCUUGAGAGUAUAUUUAAGGCAUAACCUUGUUAGCAAAGGCCACCGGUUUUCUUUGAGACCCAAUUAACUUGUUUGUUUUUUCUAUACAGAUAUUUCCUCAGCACUGAAGGCUCACCGCGAAGAAGACAGCUUUUCAGGUGACUCAUUUACCAACCUGUCAUAAAUCUUGUUUUUGACAGCUCCCCUUUGAUUUACAGUCCCUCUCAUCUCCUGUCAUUUUCCUUCUGUGAAGAACAGUUCAUAACAACAGUACACAUCUGAGGUUUUGUGCUUACAGAAAUAUAGAGACACUGAUGUAAGAUUGUGUACACUGGAUGAUACUUGUCUUAUAAAGAGUAUGGAGGUUGCACAGGCAAAUUAGGUUAUGAUAAUACAAAAUUUCAACAAACCAUUUCCAAAUUCAGCUGCUCUUUUGAUAAGGCAGAAUCAGCUUAAUUACAUUUAAAAUGCUUUCAGGUGAACCAAUGACGUGAAACUCCCAACCUCAACAUUGCUUGUCUCCUCAUUUCUGUAGAGUGUAAAUAUAAUGUGCCAACUGCAAACACCACAGGUGCUAGAUACUCUAUAGGCCUGUUCUUUAGGGUUUGCAGUGGAUGUUAAAACGGUCGCCUAAUCUUCCGUCUUCCCCUUCCUUUCAGUGUGAAGACUGUGGGGUUGUUCCCUCGACACUGUCUGACGUGUGAGCUAAAUAAGGCCCACUGUCUGUUCUUCAAUGCUGAGAUAAGCCCCAGUGAUCAGCAUAUCAUCCUCCACUGUAAAGGUAAGCUAGCCAAGCUAAAUGCUGAGUUAGCUAAAUGCUAACUCAGUGCAUUGGAUUCCACUCUCUACCACCAAGAUAGCACUAGCAGGCCAAUGCAAAGUAAACAUGUCAUUUUACACUGUAAAAGUUAGUCAGCUAAGCUAAAUUCUAACACAAGCAGUGCAUCAUUCUGAAGGCUAAUAUUGAUAUACAUGCUAGCACCCCUCAUCUGUCAUUGUUGAAGCCAGAUACAUAUUGAUAGAGUUUAGAAAACCAAAGCAUCAACUUUCUUUGAGAGGUAAUUUAAAGACAUUAGGGACCAAUUUCAACCAGCCAUUCAUUAUUCUAAACUGUGAAGGUAUGCCUGCUAGGCCAUUUGUUAAACCCAACCAAUGCAUCAUCCGCUUAGACUUAGAUUCAUGAUCAGAGAUACAGUACAUCUAAGAUAAAUUAUAAGAUCCAGCCAAAGUACAUCAUUCCCUCUAACUGCUCACUAUUUCCCUGUAAGGUAUAUCAUAUGCUGUCAUAGAAUAGCCAAUCCAACAAAAACCAUUUUGAUAUAAGGAUAGUAAUGCUAAAAGAUAACAUAACCGGCUCCUAAUCAUACACUGAAGAGAUAUGUUAGAGACACAACCAGUAUGUCAUUUUAUACUAGGGAUAUACAGUGGGGAAAAAAAAGUAUUUAGUCAGCCACCAAUUGUGCAAGUUCUCCCACUUAAAAAGAUGAGAGAGGCCUGUAAUUUUCAUCAUAGGUACACGUCAACUAUGACAGACAAAUUGAGGGAAAAAAAUCCAGAAAAUCACAUUGUAGGAUUUUUUAUGAAUUUACUUGCAAAUUAUGGUGGAAAAUAAGUAUUUGGUCACCUACAAACAAGCAAGAUUUCUGGCUCUCACAGACCUGUAACUUCUUCUUUAAGAGGCUCCUCUGUCCUCCACUCGUUACCUGUAUUAAUGGCACCUGUUUGAACUUGUUAUCAGUAUAAAAGACACCUGUCCACAACCUCAAACAGUCACACUCCAAACUCCACCAUGGCCAAGACCAAAGAGCUGUCAAAGGACACCAGAAACAAAAUUGUAGACCUGCACCAGGCUGGGAAGACUGAAUCUGCAAUAGGUAAGCAGCUUGGUUUGAAGAAAUCAACUGUGGGAGCAAUUAUUAGGAAAUGGAAGACAUACAAGACCACUGAUAAUCUCCCUCGAUCUGGGGCUCCACGCAAGAUCUCACCCCGUGGGGUCAAAAUGAUCACAAGAACGGUGAGCAAAAAUCCCAGAACCACACAGGGGGGCCUAGUGAAUGACCUGCAGAGAGCUGGGACCAAAGUAACAAAGCCUACCAUCAGUAACAUACUACGCCGCCAGGAACUCAAAUCCUGCAGUGCCAGACGUGUCCCCCUGCUUAAGCCAGUACAUGUCCAGGCCCAUCUGAAGUUUGCUAGAGUGCAUUUGGAUGAUCCAGAAGAGGAUUGGGAGAAUGUCAUAUGGUCAGAUGAAACCAAAAUAUAACUUUUUGGUAAAAACUCAACUCGUCGUGUUUGGAGGACAAAGAAUGCUGAGUUGCAUCCAAAGAACACCAUACCUACUGUGAAGCAUGGGAGUGGAAACAUCAUGCUUUGGGGCUGUUUUUCUGCAAAGGGACCAGGACGACUGAUCCGUGUAAAGGAAAGAAUGAAUGGGGCCAUGUAUCGUGAGAUUUUGAGUGAAAACCUCCUUCCAUCAGCAAGGGCAUUGAAGAUGAAACGUGGCUGGGUCUUUCAGCAUGACAAUGAUCCCAAACACACCGCCCGGGCAAUGAAGGAGUGGCUUCGUAAGAAGCAUUUCAAGGUCCUGGAGUGGCCUAGCCAGUCUCCAGAUCUCAACCCCAUAGAAAAUCUUUGGAGGGAGUUGAAAGUCCGUGUUGCCCAGCGACAGCCCCAAAACAUCACUGCUCUAGAGGAGAUCUGCAUGGAGGAAUGGGCCAAAAUACCAGCAACAGUGUGUGAAAACCUUGUGAAGACUUACAGAAAACGUUUGACCUGUGUCAUUGCCAACAAAGGGUAUAUAACAAAGUAUUGAGAAACUUUUGUUAUUGACCAAAUACUUAUUUUCCACCAUAAUUUGCAAAUAAAUUCAUUAAAAAUCCUACAAUGUGAUUUUCUGGAAUCUUUUUUCUCAUUUUGUCUGUCAUUGUUGACGUGUACCUAUGAUGAAAAUUACAGGCCUCUCUCAUCUUUUUAAGUGGGAGAACUUGCACAAUUGGUGGCUGACUAAAUACUUUUUUCCCCCACUGUAUAUUAUAUAUACUGUAUAUAGUGACAAAGCAUAUUCAGCACUCCAUCCAACAAACUGUGCUAGGAGCAAUAGUUAUUUAUGCAAAUGUUUUUCCAUUUCAUUAAGGUAUGACUUUGUCAAAAGUGUUAAACUGUUGUUCUCUUAAAGGAAAACUCCACCCAAAACUACUCAUUCCUUUAAUUUACAGUGUUAAAUAACACUCAUUUUUGUGAACAAAUGUUUCAUUUGCACAAAUUAUGUCAACAAGAAGUGCAACAUUACAAAUAAUUUCAGAGAUGUGAGAUAAUUAACUUCCUAUCUGUAAUAUCAUAUAGCUUUGGAAUCGUGACAUUACGUACUUUCGGGGAAAAUAGGCACCUUUCUCAACAUCUACACUGACUUUGAGAAGGGAUUGCGUGACGAUUAGUUUAGCAACGUGAACACGAUUGGUCGACAGUCUGCUGGGUGGGGAGUUAUGUGUUCCUUCAUCCAUUGGAUUCCUAUUUCCUUUCUAUUAUAUAUCUGGCAACGGCACCAUGCAUUGCACCCUGGACUAAAGAGGCAGACAAAUAGGAAAAAUGUGCUAGACCCUCCGUUAAAUGAAACAUUUCUCGAGGUAGGAAUAUCACAGAAAUAUGAUCAAUGGCUCAUUCGAGAGAAAACAUCCUCCCGACUUAUGACUCGGCCAGUAUGGAAAUUUGACAUGUGUAUGAUAUACGUUUUCGCCAUCUAAAAUCUUAUUCCUAUUAACUUCCAGUGUAGUGAGAGCGACUUCAUCACAGUGCUACGUCAUACCGGCCGGAUUUCUGCCUGCUUGAAUGCCAAUAACUCAGAUACACAUAAAAACAUGGAAUGACACAGGAAAUCGAUAAAACAUCACUCAGGAAUGCACAAAAACAAUAUAACAUUCAAAAUGGGUGAACCUUUUCUUUAAAAGGCCAGAGACACAUGUCAUUGCCAGGGGGAGUUCUUGCAAUGUGUGCUGGGAAUUAUCUCUUAUUUGUGCGUGUAGAGUAAAUUAUCUUGUUGUGAUGAAGUGUCUAAUAUGAAAUAAUAUGAAAACUAACUUGAGAAACACCUUCCUAAUAUUGAGUUGCAGGCCCUUUCGCCAUCCGAACAGCCUCAAUUCAUUGAGGCAUGGACUCUACAAAGUGUCGAAAGAGUUCCACAGGGGUGCUGGCCCAUGUUGACUACAAUGCUUCCCACAGUUGUGUCAAGUUGGCUGGAAGUGCUUUGGGUGGUGGACCAUUCUUGAUACACAGGAAACUGUUGAGUGUGAAAAACCCAGUAGCGUUGCAGUUCUUGACACACUUCAACUGGUGCGCCUGGCACAUACUACCAUACCCCGUUCAAAGGCACUUAAAUAUUUUGUCUUGCCCAUUCACCCUCUGAAUAGCACACAUACACAAUCCAUGUAUCAAUUGUCUCAAGGCUUAAAAAUCCUUCUUUAACAUUUCUCCUCCCCUUCAUCUACACUGAUUGAAGUGGAUUUAACAUGUGGCAUCAAUAAGGGAUCAUACAGUAGCUUUCACCUGGAUUCACCUGGUCAUUCUAUGUCAUGGAAAGAGCAAUGUUUUGUACACUCAGUGUAUAGUUCCAAUUUAGUCAACGAUUUUGUGUCAUUGGCCCUGUGAGUCACAACCCAUUUGACAGAUGUCAGGAGUUUGCCUUUGGCAAUCUGUCAUUAUUGAACAUUUAGUGUAGAAAGACUAUCAAACAAUUCCAAAUAAGGAGCAUAAAAUAAAAUGUGCCGCUCUGUUGUGUAUAAUUGCUUUAGGUGGUGUUAUCGUGCCAUGCGUAGCGCAUUAAAAGGAGUUUAUUGCCACCACGGUUGUUUAUUGUUUGGGUUUGUUUUAACCAAAUGUGCUUACUGUAUGCUUGGGUGCGUUUGUCUUGUGUACUAUGAGUUAAUGGACAAAAUGUACCAUCCUGUUUGUGAGCUAUAAACACAAUGCAGUCAGCACAUCAUCUGAGGAUAAGGCUAAAUUCAAUAAAAACCAAGCAGCUUGUCAUGACCACUCUCCUCAUUAAAUGUAUUAAAGCUAGUUAAUUCCCUCCAUUAAACGCAAUGGAUAUCAUUACCAUUGUCGAGCAGGUACACAGAUUCAAAACCAUUUCUCUGUGUGACACAAGUGCCAUAACGGCAGCCCUUUUCAUUUGCUGAGUUUGCAAUAUCCUUGAGAGCCAGUGCUCCUCAAAUGUUUUAAUGCUGCAUUGUUGUGAAUGAUCUCUUAUUAUCUUUUCUAAUAAAAACAACAACCAUGUAAGGCAUGAUUAAACUCGCUCUAAGUGGUGAAAAUGAAACUAUGCUUCCUCUUCAUUGAUCCGUGUUGGGCUUUAAUAGCCACAUAUGUUUACCAUUCCUGGCAACAGUGUGUGGCUGUUAAAUCACCAUUACCUCGGCUAGUAUUAUUCAAAUGGAAGGCCUAGCCUGAGUGAACAGAUCUGAUAGGUGCUGUAGGAGUGAUUUGUGGAGGGUUGGGACGCUGAGGUAUCCGCUGUAUCUUAUUAACCUCAGAUUGGGUGUCUUCCAAUGGGCGCAGAAUAUAAUUGACUUAAUUUGAAAGGCCUGGGUUAUUAGAAGCAGUUUGAAUGACCUUUAACCACUGACUGUAAUAGGUAAAGAAGGGGAGGUAACAGUGGUGACAGUGGUUGUGACAGCAGCUAGGGGAUUGGAAAGGCUGCUGUAUUGUAUUUGUGACUAUGCUACACUCCUUGAGACGUGCUAUUUUUGUAACUCUCUAUGUACAGAUAGGAUGCAUUUGUAUGUCUUACUCCUCUAAUGUGUAUUGCUUGGCGGAAACGGGUAUUUUGUGAAUUAAGCUUAAAUUGUCGACUCAUGUCACACCAAAUUGUACAUCUUCAGCCAUUCAAAGGAUUUGAGGAUACCGAUUUCAAAUCUUUUAAUCCUUUAUUUUUUUCUCGCAGGUCCCGGAGCACCCACUGUGAUCUUACACAGCCUCAAUAAUGCCAGUAAGAUGUCAACUUAAUCUCUCUUAACGGAUGGGCAUGUCAUAAACUGCUUAAAGGAGUUAGCGAGAUAACUCGGAACGUUGGUGUUUUGCCAGAACCAACAAGUGUUGUAAAAAUAAAUAAAAAAUAAGCUAUUGCUCACUUUGUUCAAAUAUUGAAGAUUUGCUGUCGAAAAUACCAGCCCCCCUCUCACUGGUACCCUCGUUGUCUCUGAUGCGAAUCGACCCCCUGCUGUCUUAAUUUCCUUAUUUUCAUUUACGCUGUCCAUGUCUGGAUAUCUGUCAAUGUUUUGUCUUGAAUGUUAACAGCUGCAGUGGAAAAAAUGCAAUCAAUUUGCCCAGGGUUAUUUGGACAGACCUUCCAAUCCACAGCUGAGAACUUCAGGGCUUUGGCAGUUUCAUAAUGAGAUGCCUAUUGAUUUGGGGUUUCUAUUGAAAAUACUGGAUGAAUUCUUUUCCAUUCAGUUUCCUCUCAGAUGGCUGAAAUGAAGGAUACAAUAGGCAUUCAUUUUGUAGUUGCAUGUGGAGAAAAUGGCAGGGGGGCUUCUUUUAAAAACCACCAUUGACAAGCAGUUGUUGGUAAACAUGAGAUGUCUUUGGAGAAAGGAAAACAUUCUGCAUGCCAGUGAGUCUGUUAUUUGCGCUGCCAGCUGUGGCAAGCUCAAUAGCACACCUACUCAAUCGUAUGCAGCAGACACUGAUUAUGUUACAGUGGUCAAACUCAGAUGCAGGCAGCCCCUCCCAGGCUACAUUAGUUGAAGUACAACGUUGAGUUCAAAAUAAUUCCCAUCUGGCAUCAGUGUUUGUGUGUUUUGAUGAUACCACAGUCAUGUCUUUAUGGUAGACCAACAAACAUCUUAUUCUGGAUUGGAAAAUACAAUGUAUCUGGUCUUAUGCGCCAUUCAAAGGCUUGUUGUAAGGGCCAAACAAUUGGCACUUGGUUGGUUAUCAAGGACAGUGUUCAACUCUCCACUAAAAUUCUAAUUAAAAAGUGUGCCGGAAAGCCUUGAAGUUUAUUUUUAUUUCAUUUCAGGCUUGAAAGAGAAGUCUUUAUGCUUUAUAUAAGUCUAAUAUAAUUCCACUUGCAUCUUGCUAGGAUAAGUGGCCCACAUGGUGAACACUUCUAAAACUAAUGCAACCUUGUCCCCCCUAUUAGAUUAUUACAUACUUGAGAACAACUCUUUACUGAAGGCAGCUUUAAAGGUCAAGAGGAUUCAGAUCACGGAUUUCAGAACAAUCCAGAUGGAACAUUUUGGUAAGACCAAUCAUUUUGGCUAAUGACAAAUUUGUUCUGUCAGUUUCUAUAGCUAUUAUUCUAAGGUUGUUGCUAAUGGCUACUUUCUCUGCUCAGAUCUGCCUUUGAAGAUCUCUUACCCACCAGACUUUUCUGAAUCGCGUCACUAUGGCUUGCUAUUGAUAGUGUACGUAUCUCCAUCAGUAUCUGUGCUCACUAUUCAUUUGUUUGAAGUGUUUUUAUCUAUGUAUUCCCUAUCAAUUAUGAUUGAUAUUAACCCCAUCGCGUGAGAGCCAGACUGUCGUUACAGUGCCCGUAUUAGGAUAGCCUCAACCAAUGAGACUGUCCUAAGUGUCAACGCUGUUUAAUUCUAACAUUUAUAUUUAUUCUUUCAGCGAUGGCUCCCCCGGUGGCCAGGCAGUGAGCGACCGAUUCGUUCUGGACUGGGACUCGGUUCUGGUCAGCUCGGAUAACGUCAUCGUGGCUCGUCUGGACGGCAGAGGGAGUGGCUUCCUGGGCCAGAGGGUUCUAUAUGAAGUCCACCAGCGUUUGGGAACCGUAGAGGUGCAGGAUCAAAUAACAGCUGUAGAGUAUGUACUAGUUUGAUCCCAUUAAAUCUAAUGUAGUUUUAACUCUAGCUAUAACAAUAAGUCAUUAGCCUUAGAAUACAUGCUAAUUAAACAAUCUGCUCACGUUUUCUAUUUAGCUGAAUUUGUCAAACAACCUUAAACAAUAUUUGGGAAGUGUAUUCAUAUUUCUGUAUUCUAUGAGUGAUAUCAUGCUUUGUAACUUGGGCCUCUCCUCAAUAUUGUUUAUUUCAGAUACAUGUUGACAUUCCCGUACAUUGAUCGGACACGGAUAGGAGUAUUUGGGAGGGUAAGAAUCUAUUGCCAGAAUCUCUCAUACUUCUAAAAGGCCACUUAUUAUGAAAAUAAUCCUUUUUUUUAUUUCAAGUUUGUAGAACAAUUUUAUUGAAACAUUGCAAAAAUGCUCCAUUGGGCUUCAAUGGUAGGAAAAUGUGUGCUAAGAAAACUUUGAAAUUCUAUAAAAAUUACAAAGUGAUGGAAUAUAUAGUUUUAUGGUAUAUGCAGUACAUCUGAAAUUAAGUCAAAUUUUGUCUGGAAUAGCACAAUUUGACUGAAUGUGACAGAUUUUACAUUUUAUAAAAGUACACACUCAGAGCUUCAAACUUGUAUAUCACACACUCUAGUUGGGGGAAACAUGGGAAAGUUAUGCUUCUUUUAAAUUUGAUAAACGUGUUAUCCCACUUUGGAGACAGAUAAAUGACCUUGAAUGAUUUUCACACUUUCUAGAGAGCUAUUCUUUGUUUACACCCAUUCAGCAUAAUUCACACCCUCUUAAGCCUUAGCCCCACCCAUUUCUUUAAGAAUUCACAUGUAAACGUGUGAGUGAGCAUGGCAUUGUCCUCCAAAAAGUAGUCUAUUAUCUCCCUCCAUUGUCUCAGCCAAUCAUGGAUCCUGCCUUUCUCCCUACAGAGCUCAGGGCUUUCUCCUUGGCUAAACUCAUAAUGUAUUUAAUUAAUAUUUACAGAUCCCAUACACAUUUUUAAUUAAGGCAAAUUACAUUUUCAAACAGCCCUACUGUGAAGUAGGAAAUAACGUCAAACGCCUAAGAUCCUGAAUCUGGUCACAAAUUGAUCUAUCCAAAUUGUAGUAUUUUGCUAUCAAAAACAUAUAUUUUUUCAAGGAUCAACUAUUUAGUGGGGUUUCUAUGUAUGGAGAACAUCUAAUAUUUGGUUCUCCUUUCUGGUUUAACUUGGAGAGAUAACCUAUCUUACUUCUUUACCAUAAUAUGAAUGGUCGUCAAUGGCAGUAUUCUGACCUCAUAAACCACUUUAUUUUUAUUUUAUAUAUACAUUUUUGUUCUUUGAUGUGUAGAGGGCACAUCAAUGUUACUCCUGAUGUAUUUGUUUGUCCAUGUUUGCAUUAUUUGAAAGGGAAAUAAUCUCUCUUACUUGUCUAUCAACAUAUGAAUGUGGCCCUAUGUCUCAGUGUUGCAACACUUUAAGCCCAAUUAUGUGUUUUUGCAACACUUACAAAACUACCUCUAGCUCUGGCUCAGAAUGUUUGAUUCAUAAAAACAUUUAUUUUUUUUUGAGAACACAGGAUAUUUUUUUUCAAGUCAUGUACUUGCAUGGAUGGCUACUAACAUAUGCGUGUGUAGGGGACCAGUGUGGUCUUAGACGAGUGGACAGGUUUCUAAUGUUUCAGGGCCUACUGAUGCCACAAUAAUAAUACUGACACAAAACAAAUACUACUAAGAUAUACAUUUGGGUCUAAGGAGAUGCACUAUGUAGUGUUUAACAUGAUUUUUUUGUUUAUGACCUUUACAGAAUGAAAUUUAGGCAGCGUGCAUUUUUGCAACCAUGGGUCUCACAGGUUUAAUGACUUUAGGAGAAACAUACUCAACAUAUUUCACUUUAUUUGUUUGCUGUUCCCCAGGAUUUAAAAGUUGACAUGUUUUUUUAUUGAUUUCAAAAUGAUAAAACGGUCCUGAUUCUGUGUAUUGUUCAGAAACAGAUUUUUUUUAACUUGUUUGUUUCUUGUUGUUUUGUUUGUUUUCCAGGGUUAUGGUGCCUAUAUUACAUUAAUGAUGCUCAAAUCAACCGACAGCCUGUUCAAAUGUUCAGUAGCAAUGUCCCCAGUUACAGACUGGAAACUAUAUGGUGAGUAGAAGUUUGGAAAUCCCAAUGUCCCGACAUUCUAUUGACUGAUUCCAGAUAUUACACUUCAAGGAUGUAUAGAGGGGUAGGAAAGGAAAGGAGAGGUGACUGAAGGGUUGACACCUAAGUAGGGUAUUCUCUUCACAUGGGGCACCAUUUAUGUAGGUGAUUCUCCUCACAUGGGGCACCAUUUAUGUAGGAGAUAGUCCUAUUUGUAAAACAUUCCUCAAUAAGGAAUUGGAUACUGUUGAAAUUGUAUAUUAACACGAUACAUUGCAACACCUGAGUCACACAGAGAGACCAAAUGACUGAAGAUUGAACCAUAGAGAUUCCAGUAUCAUAAGAACUCACUGGCUACUUGUGCACGUUGAUGUCUUAAAAACCAAGCAAUUUUUCUCCAAUGUGAAAGCAUUUACAUUGAACAAGAAUAUAAACGCCACAUGCAACAAUUUCAAAGCUUUUACUGAGUUACAGCUCAUAUAAGGAAAUCAGUGACUGGGAAUACAGAUAUGUAUCUGUUUGUCACAUAUACCUUAAAAAAAAGUAGGGAAGUGGAUCAGAAAACCAGUCAGUAUCUGGUAUGACCACCAUUUGCCUCUUGCAGCACGACACAUCUCAUUCGCAUAGAGUUGAUAAGGCUGUUGAUUGUGGCCUGUGGAAUGUUGUCCACUCCUCUUCAAUGGCUGUGCGAAGUUGCUGGAAAUUGGCGGGAACUGGAACACGCUGUCGUACACGUCGAUCCAGAGCAUCCCAAACAUGCUUAAUGGGUGACAUGUCUGGUGAGUAUGCAGGCCAUGGAAGAACUGGAAAAUGUUUUGCUUCCAGGAAUUGUGUACAGAUCCUUGCGACAUGGGGCCGUGCAUUAUCAUGCUGAAACAUGAGGAUAAUGGCGGCGGAUGAAUGGCACGACAAUGGGCCUCAGGAUUUCGUCACGGUAUCUCUGUGCAUUGAAAUUGACAUUGAUAAAAUGCAAUUGUGUUCGUUGUCCUUUGCUUAUGCCUGCCCAUACCAUAACCCCACGGCCACCAUGGGGCACUCUGUUCACAACAUUGACAUCAGCAAACCGCUCACCCACACGACUCCAAACACGCUGUCUGCCAUCUGCCCGGUACAAUUGAAACAGGGAUUCAUCCAUGAAGAGCACACAUCUCCAGUGUGCCAGUGGCCAUCGAAGGUGAGCAUUUGCCCACUGAAGUCAGUUACGAUGCCGAACUGCAGUCAGGUCAAGACCCUGGUGAGGACGACAAGCACGCAGAUGAGCUUCCCUGAGACGGUUUCUGACAGUUUGUGCAGAAAUUAUUCGGUUGUCCAUACCCACAGUUCCAUCAGUUGUCUGGGUGGCUGGUCUCAGACGAUCCCGCAGGUGAAGAAGCCAGAUGUAGAGGUCCUGGGCUGACGUGGUUACAUGUGGUCUGCGGUUUUGAGGCUGGUUGGAUGUACUGCCAAAUUCUCUAAAACGACAUUGGUAAAAAAAAUGAACAUUUAAUUAUCUGGUAACAGCUCUGGUGGACAAUACCUGCAGUCAGCAUGCCAAUUGCACGCUCACUCAAAACUUGAGACAUCUGUGGUAUUGUGUUGUGUGACAAAACUGCACAUUUUAGAGUGGCCUUUUAUUGUCCCCAACACCAGGUGUAAUGAUCAUGCUGUUUAAGCAGCUUCUUGAUGUGCUACACCUGUCAGGUGGAUGGAUUAUCUUGGCAAAGGAGAAAUGCUCACUAACAGGGAUGUAAACAACUGUGUGCACAAAAUUUGAGAGAAAUAAGCAUUUUGUGCAUAUGGAAAAUGUCUGGGAUAUUUUAUUUCAGCUCAUGAAACAUUGGACCAACACUUCACAUGUUGGUUUAUAUUUUUGUUCAGUGUACAGAGAUCACAUUUUGUAUAGCAUUGGCAAAAGUACCACUUAGAUGCACCUGAAGCACUGAAGCACUGUCUGUACCUGCCGCCCUGUUUGGAAUGUAUCGCUUUCUAUUUAAACAGCAUCAGCGUUUUCCGAGAGGUACCUUGGCAUGCCAUUACGCGACGACAGCAGAUAUCAGGUGCGUCUGCUUACCGCCUCCCUCCACUUGUUUGCCGUCAAUCUUGUUUAGCUCUUUGAAAGCCGUCUCGCCAUAGCAUUGCUGACAUGCCUGCGGUUAAGCUCCCGCAGUUACUGAGUGUCGCUACCAUCAGAAAUGUUUUCCCCUUUCCUUUUUUUGAUGCUUCCAGAGCGCAGAGACAUUGUCACUCAUCUCCACGGUAACUGUGGCGCAUUAACUUGUUAGAUUGCACUGCGUUCAUGUUUUGAUGAGCUGCUGAAAGGGGACGUCUGGCUUUCCCAGACACCCCCGCGGUGUGGAUCUGCCGCUGUCAAACAGCUGGUUCAGUUACACUGAUGAGAGAGAUGGAACUGCAGCAGGUAAAAUCCCGAGAACUGCUGUUCCACUGACAUGACUUCUAGACAAAAUAAAUAAACUAACUUGGUAUACAGACAAAAAAAGGCAAUGUUUAUGAAGGUGACACCUAAUGUUAAAAGACACAGUUCAUACUGUUAUGGCUUAUUAACUUUAUAUACAUGUGUUAUUAUAAUGUGCAAUGGAGUGAUCGUUCAUCAUUUUAUGCCUGAUAUCAAUUAAUUCAAUAACAGUGCCUGUCAGAUAAAUCAAGCUGUUUAUUUAUGAGUGCCUGCAUUUGCACAGAGAGCUAACUUAAUUGCAGAUUGUGCACGAUAACCCUCAAUCUAACUUACAUAACAGUCACAACCAUUAGGAAUAUUUGUUAUCACAGUAUACAUAGGUGGAGUGUCCAUAAGGCUUAGCUUCCCCUAAAGUAAAUUUGAUUAAAUUGCCAAAAUUAUAUAGCCUAAUUAGCCUACUCCUGUCUAUACAGAAAUAGAUAAAAUAAUUUAAAAUAGGCUACUACCCCAGAAAGCAUGAUUUGACCACACAGAAUCGUUAGCUUCCCUCCCCCCAAAAAAAGAGAAGCUGUGGAUUGUUUAAAAUCCCAUUGCCUACAGUCGGAAGGGCCCGGGCAGCGUGUGAGGCAAAUAGCCUACCAAAUAGAUGAUUGUUGAGUUGCGACUGUCAGUGAAAAGUAGAGGCCCAGCCAGGCAUAUCGCAAUAUUUCAAAAUACAAUCGCGGAAAAACAUAGUUUGAAAGCAAAUGGCUAUUGCUAUAAAGAGAAGACAAUGAAAAAACUAUAAUCUGUCUUUUAAUUAUCAAAAUAUUCAACUUGAGCAAACAGUAUAGCCCAUCUUAUUGGCAGCGGAGAGCAUUGGCCAUGUCCACAGUGAGUGCGCAUAUUCACUCUUUAUCAUUGUUGGGUCAGUGCCACUUGAAAGUUUAUUUUUGGACAAUUAUUUCCUCCUCCAGGUUAGAUGGACAUCAUAUUGUAUUUGUGUUUCCCCUUUUCGUAGGCCUAUUAUAUGGAUCAGACAAUGUUGUUUUUAUUGAUCUGUUUGUCAGUGUCAGCAGAGUAGGCUACCCUGUAGUUUUUAUUGUAUUAAAAAAGAUUAUUCUUAUAUCUCCAGUCAUAUAGCAGAAUUAUUUCCUGUGCAAAGAAAGGACAAGAAACGUAUCUGAUAUAGCCUAUAGCCUAGGCCUACUCUGUGCCACUACGUGCUCAGCCAUGCAUUGAACAGUCUUUUUUGCGACCAGUGAUUGAGUUAUAUUAUUAGCCUAAAUAAUGAAUAUCCAAUCUACUCAUCACAUUAGGAAUAGUAGGCUAUCUUACAUAAGUCUGAAAAUGAGAUGAUGCACGGAAUGCUUUAUUAUAAAGUUGCAUUUUUAUGGUGACAAUUAGCUUCCCCAAACUAGAAAAUCACGUGCCGCCAAUGACAGUAUCCAUACCUCAGUAAGAAAGUACCGUCUGUACCAAUACACUCUCACUAGGAAUUCCUCUUGACCUUCCCUUCUAACAAUAUGCCAGCAAACUAUUUUUAUGACUCAUAACGCUUCUAUGGAUGGCUCUGUUGCAGUUCUCCAGUGUGUUGCAGAACGUCCAGCCACUGAGGGAACAGACUCUGAUGCUUGUGCACGGCACAGCAGAUGGUGAGUGACUAACUAACAGAAACCACGAAAAAGACCUCAGCAUUGAUCUGGGGUCAGUUUUGUAGCUGUUGUGUUAUUCUUUACUUUGUAUGACCAAUCUACAGUGUGCUUCUUGCCAGACGGCACAUAAAACAGCAAUAACCUGACAAUUACAAAAACUACCACAACCGAAGAACCUGUAACAAAAAUGACUGAUUUAUUAAAUAUGAGUUAUUGAAAUAAUAUAUGGGACAUAUAAUACAUGAAACAUAGUCAAGAAUUGGGCCAUUUCCAUUGUACAGAGAUUGGAUUUGCCACAAUAAAUCUCAAAUGUUUCAAGUUAGACCAACUUAUAUAAGGUAAUUUCAUCUCCACCCUGUCAUGUUUUAUGUUAGAAUGUGAUCUUGCCUCUCUUCCCUGUGACGAUUCAAGGAGAAUUCUGCUAACAUUUUUUUUUUUCUUCUUCUGCCUCUUUCAGCCAAUGUACACUUUCAGCAUACUGCUGAGCUCAUCAAGAACCUUGUGAAAGUUGGAGCAAACUACUCAAUGCAGGUAUGGAGAAAGUAAUUGCACACUGUACUGUAGUAUACAGGUACUGUAUAGUGUGCAGGUACACUAGGUACAUGAAGCCAUAAGCAUACUCAAGCUAUGGUUGCUUUGAAUGUAUACUAGCAAAAACAAAACUGAGGUGCCCUACCCUAUGUACAGUAUGUUACUGCAGUGUAUAUAGUACCUUAACCAUAGUGUACCUCCAGCUACUGUGAUGAAAAGAGAGUAAUUACACACAUCCAUACAGUAGUGGUAUAAAGAAAUAGGAUUAAACGCUUUUCACCAAUGCUGCUGUGCACAUGUUGUGGUCAUGUUGUGUUUAUGUUGUACUCAUGUUGUGCUUAUGUCAUGGGGUUCUAGCUCUAUCCAGAUGAGGGUCAUUUCCUGUCCCAGCGGAGUCGGCAGCACCUCUUCGCGUCGCUCACCAACUUCUACAGGGAGUGUCUCAAGGAAGAGAUCCUACCACUGCCCGAUGAUGAUGAUGAGGAGGAAGAGUAG